UGUAGGAUGGGUCAUGUGACCUGCGGCUCCGCUCAUCACAACAAAGAUGGCGGCUACGAUGAAGCAGAGUUACGGAGUUUCUUAUCUGGUUUUUCUGUUUUCUGUCUUCACUUUUUGUCAGAGUUUGGUCAGCGGAGGAGAAACGUUUAAAAGAUCGUUGUCGGUACAGCUGAACCCCAACUCCUCCUCGCCACCUCCUGGUGGUGACCUGCUGCACGUCAGAGCCGUGGGAGACAACGACACGCUUCACUUCCUCUUCUGCAGCCAGGGGGCGCCGACACUGCUGCUCGUCCACACCAACACUUCUUCUUCUACUGUAAAGUUGAACUGGACGCAGUUCUUAGAUCGUAACCACAGCGGCGGCCUGAAGGUGGAGCCAGAGUCCAGCAUUCUGUACAGCACCGCCAUUGUCUUCAGCAGGUUGUUGGAGUACGACGACAUUAAUGACACGGCUGAUCCCACGCCAGACCUUCUCCGUCCCUACGAGCUGCAGGACUUCAGCUGGUCUCGUCUUAACCUGUCGGGUCCGACUGCUCUGCUCUGUGGAGCCGCCGCCAACUUCACCAGCGGGUCACUCUGCCUGCAGUUUUCAGCGUUUGAGACAGAGGGACGAGGUCCAUCAUGGCCCCGCCUCCUUCACACAGCUAACUCCUCCCAGUUGGAGGUGUGGCUUGAUGGUGUGUCGCCACGCGCAGCUCGUUCCAGGUUUUUACUGGAGCUGCAGGCGGUGGGUGGGGUUAAUCCUCCGAGCAGAGUGGAGGUCCAUCAAUCAAUUGACGAUGAGUUCACGCCGUCAAUAUUCAAGGUGUCUCAGUGGGUUCCGUCGGUGAACGGCAGCUCUGAUGUUCUGGGUUUCGUCCAGUGGAAGCCAGUGGCGUACCGUCGGUCUGAUCCUGCUCUGGAGGACGCCACGCCAUGCCGCCACUCUGACCCCCGGCCUCAGAGCAGCGAGUUGGUGUCUGCAGCAUCCGGUCUGAUACGAGCAUUCUACACAGAACCAGAAUCAUUCGGACUGAACGUGAGCUUUGGCAUAGCAGGAGAACCGUUCUACAACAGCACCAAGUUCCUCAGCUGGACGGUGUUGGUGGGCUCUGGCUCUCCCUCUGUUGACUCCUUCUCUCCGCUGGUCCUCAGCCUGAUGGCGAUUGGUCUUGGAACUCCCACGAUCCUCCUGCUGCUGGGAGGAGUCUGCAUCUGUUCCCGAAAGAGGACAGCAGCCUACCAGCCAAUCAACUGAUGAGAAGUUUGUUUUUAAAGACUUAGGUGACGUCACUCUGACUGUACAGCUAAUCAGGACCCAGGACGUUUUCCAAGAUUUUAUUUUCUUUUAUCUGUUUUUACCGGUGAAACAUCUCUCCUCAAUAAUUCUGAUAACUCAUAAUCUUUUUCAAUGACACAUUUGUUUCCUUUGUUUUUUAAACUAUUAUGCUGGUGUUUUCCUGAGUUUGUAUCAUCAGAUUCUUCAUGAUCACAAUACUGUCUAACUUCCUAAUUUUAAAAGGUGGACUAAGGAAACCAGGACUCUGUGGAGGAACGGGUCGGCGUUUUGUUUUUUUUGGGUUUUUUUUUUUUGUCUGUUAUUCCAGUGAUGGACAGCAGAUGGCAACAGUGCACCAGUAAACAUGCAUGUAAACAAAGUUACAUUCGAGUCAAACAGGAAACACUGCAUGUGAAGAGAAGCGUUUCUAAGGUUUUGCUUCUUGAGUUAAAGUCCUAGCAAAAACUGGUCUCUUUAUUAAAGGUUUAGUGACACCCAGUGGUGAGGAUGCAGACUGCAACAAACUGAACACCACCCGUGUCCUCGCCUCCUCCGUCUCUAGAGGCGGUGUUUGGGUUGUCCAUUCGGGGCUACUGUAGAAACAUGGUGCACUCCGCCAGAGGAGCAGCUGCCCCCUGUAGCUCUAAAAGUUUCAUUGUAAGGUAGUGAAAACAUCAUCAUGAAUUCUUACAGCAGAUCCUGAUUCCGACACAGCGGACCUUUAAAGCAGUAAAAUCUGGUGUUCAAUACGCACGUUUUAUUUUUUCCAUUUUUGUUCACUGUUUUUGUGUUUAAUAAAAACAACAAAAAAAAGUUAAA